AUGGCGAUGAACUGCAACGCCAAGGACAGGUGGACGGAGGGCCCCUGUGUGGGCUGGGGGGGCGCCGCGAAGACGCGGAGGCCGGACAACACGGCCUUCAAGCAGCAGCGGCUGCCCGCCUGGCAGCCCAUCCUCACGGCGGGCACCGUGCUGCCUACGUUCUUCAUCGUCGGCCUCAUCUUCAUCCCCAUCGGCAUCGGCAUCUUCGUCACCUCCAACAACAUCCGCGAGAUAGAGAUUGAUUAUACCGGAGCAGAGCCUUCCAGUCCCUGCAAUAAAUGCUUCUCCCCAGAUGUGACACCUUGUGUUUGCACCAUUAACUUCACACUGGAAAAGGCAUUUGAGGGCAAUGUGUUUAUGUAUUAUGGACUGUCUAAUUUUUAUCAAAAUCAUCGCCGUUAUGUGAAAUCUCGAGAUGAUAGACAGCUAAAUGGAGAUUCUAGUGCUUUGCUUAAUCCCAGUAAGGAAUGUGAGCCUUAUCGAAAAAAUGAAGACCUACCAAUUGCUCCUUGUGGAGCUAUUGCCAACAGCAUGUUUAAUGAUACGUUAGAAUUGUUUCUGCUCGCCAAUGAAUCUGAUCCUACGCCUACACCUAUUCAUUUGAUCAAGAAAGGUAUUGCUUGGUGGACAGACAAACAUGUGAAGUUCAGAAAUCCUCCUGGAGAAGGAACCCUGGAAGAACGAUUUAAAGGAACAACAAAGCCAAUAAACUGGCUCAAACCAGUGUACAUGCUGGAUUCUGAAGAAGAUAAUAAUGGCUUCAUAAAUGAGGAUUUUAUUGUUUGGAUGCGCACAGCAGCACUGCCUACUUUUCGAAAGUUGUAUCGUCUUAUUGAACGGAAAAAUGAUUUACAUCCAACAUUACCAGCUGGACAGUACUAUUUGAAAAUCACAUACAAUUACCCUGUACAUUCUUUUGGUGGACGAAAAUGGAUGAUCUUGAGCACUAUUUCAUGGAUGGGAGGAAAAAAUCCAUUUUUGGGGAUUGCUUACAUCACUGUUGGAUCAAUCGCUUUCCUUCUGGGAGUUGUUCUGCUAGUAAUUAAUCAUAAAUAUGGAAGCAGUAGUAACACUGCUGACACCAUGGCAUUUUGAGGUUGGCUCAUACAA